GAAUGAGUGUAUUAGGUUCGUGAGUACAGAAGGUGUAGCAUUGUGGGAAGUUUUUCCUUGGUUAAAUCUCGGAUAAUAUUAAUCUCGAUAAAAUUAAUUUGAGUAUUUAAAAGUGAAAACAAUGUCGACAAAAUCCUCAGUAGAUUUAAGAGCCGAAUUAGCGGAACUUGUAAAGCGUAAAGCUGAAAUUGCCGAUACAUUAGCAAAUUUAGAACGUCAGAUAUAUGCAUUUGAGGGAAGUUACUUGGAAGACACACAAUUAUAUGGGAAUAUAAUACGAGGAUGGGACAGGUAUUUAGCAAGCAAUAAAAAUACCAAUAGUAAAGCAGAUAAACGUAAUAGAAAAUUCAAGGAAGCUGAAAGAUUAUUUUCUAAAUCGUCUAUUACAUCUAUGGCAGCUGUAAAUGGUCUUGUGGAAAACACGCAAGAAAAAAUUGAACGAUACAGUGAAUCGGAGUCUCAAAUUGGGAACAGUGGCAGCGAGGAUAAUUGCAACUUCAGCAAUUCAAAUACAAUCUCUAGUAAUAACAAGGAAACCAGUGGCAAAAAUCACACUUCUGUACAAGCUGGAUAUACUCAAAAUAAUGGCACUGUUAGCAACCCUGAUUCUGGUUCCACCCCUUUCUCAAACGGACCUAUGUCCAAUGGCAAUUUAGAACAUGUUCCUACGCCCAUCAAGGAUUGCCAUAAUAACAGCAAAGACUCGAAUAAAACCAAAUCUACAAACAGUGCUAAAAAAAAUAGUAACAAAAGAUCGAGAAACAGAUAGAGUUACUAACACGAAUUACAUGGAUUAUUGGUGUUCACAGGGGAUUAUUCUUUAUGAACGAAUUUCUUUCGUUCGUAUGCAAAGUAACUCUAACAGAACUACAUUUUGAUAUUAACGUGAGCAUCAAUGUGUAUUAAAAUAUCAACCUUAGAAAAAAACACAAGUUGUUGUUUGUAAAAGAAAAUAGUUUUCCAUGGAAGUAUGAACGUUCGAAAGCAACGUGCUUCGAUUAAAGUGUUUGAACAUUUAUAUAUUUGAUGUGAGAAAGGAACUAAUUUUAGCGUACGACUUGCGUUUAAUAUAAAAAUAAAAGGAAAAAAAAAAAAAAA